AUGUCAACUAGACUAUGCUCAUUCGUUUCUACAAAUCCAGAUCAUCCCGUAUAUAUAACAUCACCAAUAUUUUAUGUCAAUGCAGUUCCUCAUAUUGGCCAUCUAUACUCUGCAAUUUUGGCAGAUUCAUUAAAGCGCUGGUUUGAAUUUAAAGGCCAAAAAACAAUGUAUAGCACUGGUACUGAUGAACAUGGAUUAAAGAUUCAACAAGCGGCAGAGGCAGCAAAAUCAGAUCCAAAAGAAUUUUGCAAUGAUAUUUCCAAAACAUUCAAGAGUUUGUUUAAAAAAUCAGACAUCUCCUAUACACGAUUCAUUCGCACGACAGAUUCUGACCAUUAUGAAGCCGUCAAAGCUCUUUGGGAAUGUUUAGAACGUGGUGGUUUUCUAUACAAGGGCUACCAUGAAGGAUGGUAUUGCGUAUCAGAUGAAACAUUUUAUCCCGAGAGUCAAAUAGAAGCUUCUGCAGCCGAUCCUAGUAUAAUGGUAUGUCAUAUUUCCAAAGAAUCUGGAAAAGUGGUUGAAUGGACAAAAGAAGAAAACUACAAAUUCAAAUUGAGUGCAUUCAGAGACAAAACAAUUGAAUGGCUCAAAGCCAACCCAAAAGUGAUUGUUCCAGAAAGCCAGUACAAUUUUGUUUUAAGCCAGCUGAAAAAAGGGGAGCAGACUGACCUUUCUGUUUCUAGAUUAAGAUCGCGUAUCUCUUGGGGAAUUCCUGUUCCAAACGAUGACACUCAUGUGAUUUAUGUUUGGCUUGAUGCUUUGGUAAACUACCUAACAGUUGCAAAAUAUCCUUGGACACCUUCAAAGGACGUUCAAAUGUCUGAAAUUGCAGCACAAAAUGGCUGGCCGGCUCACAUCCAUGUGGUGGGCAAAGAUAUCAUCAAGUUUCAUGCAAUUUACUGGCCUGCAUUUCUCAUGGCUGCCGGAUUGCCCCUUCCUCAAAAGAUUAUAUCGCAUGGACAUUGGCUUAUGAAUCAUCAGAAAAUGUCAAAAAGUGUUGGAAAUGUUGUUGAACCCAACGCUCUAAUUGAAAAAUGGGGUGUUGAUCCUGUUCGAUACUUUCUUAUGCGUGAUGGAGUAAUUAACAAUGACCCAGAGUUUUCAGACAAGUUGAUUUUUUCAAGAUAUAAAAACGAUCUUGGAGAUCAACUAGGAAAUUUAGUCAUGCGAGUGAGCACACCGCGAAUCAAUCAGAGUGGUGAGAUUCCUUUAGCUACUGACGAGCCUCUCGAUGAUACUGGAGUGAAAAAAAUGGAGCAAUUGAGCACUUUGGCAGAUCAAGUCGAUCAGUGUAUGAUUCAAGGCAAUGUGGCAGAUGCGCUACAGCAUAUUCAGGAAAUGAUUGCAGAUCUAAACAAGUAUUGGACCGAUGCAGAGCCGUGGAAGAUGGCAAAUGCAGCGAGAUCAGAUUCUAAACCUAAUCCCAAACUGCAAUCUGUUUUAUUUGUCGCAUAUGAAGGAUUGCGAAUCUGCGCUCUUUUACUACAGCCUGUCAUGCCAACAAAAAUGACCAAUUUGCUAGAUACUCUAGAUGUUGAUUGUACAGAAAGAACUUUUUUCAAUGCGUACCCAGGGAAGCGAUAUUACCAUUUAAAAAACACCUUUAAAAAACCACCCACGCUUCUUUCCAAGCAGCCACCACUGUUUCCUAGAAUCGACCAAUAG